UUAUACCCGCCUCCAAGUAGUUAAGGUGCUAUAUGCUAUUGGCUAGAGGGUCGAAAGGUGAACCUAGCGGCUCAGAGCAUAGAGUGGAAAAUAAAUAUGGCAGGAGUAAGGUUAGAUACAAGCGAGGAAAAUGACAUCAGCGAAGAACUUGUGCCUAAAAAGAAAUGCACGUCUGAAAUAUGGCAGUAUUUUGGCUUCAAGAGAGAAGACGUGUCACAAAUGCAGGUACUGUGUAAGUCGUGCCGAAAAACUGUGGUUACGUCGAGAGGAAAUACAACUAAUCUCCACAGUCAUCUGGAACACAACCACAGGGAGCUAUUUGAAGACUUUCGAAAGUGUAAGGCAAUAUCCACCAAAACUGCUAACGAAAAGCCAAGUAACAAUAAGGGAGCCGUACAGACAACCAUCGAUCAAAGUUUUACAAAUUCAACGUCUUACGGGAAAACGUCGAAACGCCACAAGGAAUUAACGGAUGCUGUCACACGCUUUUUAGCUAAAGACAUGAUGCCUGUUAACACUGUGAGCAAAGAAGGCUUUGUGGGUCUAAUUAACAAAUUAGACCGAAGAUAUCAGCUGCCAUCGAGAAAUUAUUUUUCUCAUGUCGCAAUUCCACAGAUGUACGACACCUGUGUGAAGACAGUGAGCUCCGAGCUGCGCCAAUUGGAUUUCUACGCUAGCACCACUGACCUGUGGUCCAGUCGUACCACUGAGCCCUACAUGAGCUACACCGUUCACUUUCUUACUCAAGACUUUGAAUUAAAAACACGCUGUCUGGGUGUUGUGUAUUUCCCCGAAUCCCACACCAGUGAAAACAUAGCCCAUGGGCUGCGGGAUGUUUUAGCCAGCUGGAACUUAAAAGAGGAAAAUCAAGUGUCCAUUACAACCGACAACGGCGCUAAUGUGGUGAAAGCUACCGAACUUAAUAAUUGGGUCAGACUACAAUGCUUUGGACACCGCUUGCAUCUGGCCAUCGGAACCGAAGAGUAGGACAGUCAGGAUAUACCGUUGUUGGACGCUACAAGCCCUCUAAACGGACCCAUCCGGCUCAAUCCCAC